GUGGUUGUUUCUUCUUUUUACCUUAUAAUAUGAAUCAUACGUGCCAAUUUUUAGUAGAGAAAUGAUGUUGCAGCAUAGCUGAAAGGUGACCAGGUUGGGUGGGUUAAAAACGCGUGGCUGCACGUACGUAGGCGCCCGAAGCUGUUGAAAUCUCUGGGCACUUGACACUUGACGCGGCAUGCCCGCUCGCGCGAGCCCAUUGGCUCUCCAUAUAUAAUCUUCACGACGACCAUUCGCCAUCAGCUACUCCCCUACACGGAUCCACAGUCCACACCACCCCGCGCACCUCUCACCGCCGCAGUGCCACGCGCUUCCCCAACCCCAGCACCCCCGGCUACCACCGGCCGUCGCCAUUUUCUCUCCACCCGCUGCUGAACUGCUAGCUAGCUAUUCCACCGCCGCAGCUCCCCGUGUCCGCGCCUCACCCGCGAAAGCAAGCGCGUGAUGGCGGCGCAAAAGCGGCCGCUGGAGGCCGUCGCGGCGGAGCAGGAGGCGCCGCGGUCGCCGAGGAAGCGGCUGCGCCAGACGGUGCUCCUCGUGAUGCGGCUGGAGAGGAGGAGGGCCAGAGCGGCCACCGUCGGGCAGAUGGUUCGCCAGCAGGCGCAGCUCGACAGGGCAAAACUGUUUGUGUUUCUCAUGCUGCUCGCCUCGCGCCUUUGCUCCGUGGAGAGGCUCCUUCAGCAGCUCCGCAACCUACUGACGGGGCAGAUUGGUGCUUUUAGAUCUUUGACGGUAUCCAUACAAGAUCCAAUUCGACCAAUUGUACAGACAGAGAUGCAGGGACGACAAGCAGCCUCGCUUCCUAAUGACAUUUCUGAGCCUCCCAGGCAGAUACCGGAAGGUUUUCCUGAAACUGGAGGCAACACUCGAGUCAAACUGCGCUUUGUCGAUGUUGACAGACCAGAAGAUCCUAUUUACACUGGUUCUCCAGUACAAUGGCUGAAUAAGAAAGAUGCUAGGGUAGCAGUAUUUGAAAAUGAUAGGCAAAUCACGCAGGGCGUCCUUUCUAAAUUGCAAAUUGAGAUUUUAGCAGUCCAUGCUGAAUUCUUUACUGAGCGAGGACAAGCGGACUUCACCAAAGAGGAAUUCAACAAGCAGAUAUGUAUACAUAAGGGGAAUGAGUCAGUCUUGACCACUGUUAAUCUACCAAAUGGUGCGGCCUAUAUUGGUUCCGUCAUAUUUACAGAGAGCUCCCAGAGGAAAAGGUUAAGAUUGACAGCACGAGUGAAAGGACAGGAUCUUGAUGUCAGAGUUCAAGAAGCAAUCACUGAUCCUUUUGUUGUCAAAGUCGGCCGAAGUAAACAAAACAGAAAGAGUUAUCCUCCAUCUAAAGAAGAAGCGGUAUACCGUUUGGAGAAGAUUUCCCUAAAGGGAAAACAUUGUACUAUCCUUGCUGAAAAAAAUAUUACUACGGUGAAGCAAUUCAUGCGUCAUUAUUACAGAGAUGAAUCUGGUCUCCAAAAGCUUCUUGACAUGAAGGAGGAUUGGAGUACCUUGAUUAAACAUGCCACCACGUCUGAUCCUGGGCUUGAGAUCUAUUCUUUUAUUGUUGAGGAAAAUACUGAACUCUUAUUCAAUGAUUUCUAUAAUCUUGUUGGUAUGAUGAUCAGUGGAUUAUAUUUUCCUGUCAAUUGCCUUGAUCAGUUUCAGCAGAUUAAAGUGAACAACUGGAAAAUGUCUACGUAUAAGAAAUUUGACGAGCGGGAGAACUCAGGGGGUCUUACCCCUGAUUACUUCAUGACCGAUGGCAUCCCUGUCCGUGCAAUGCCUCUGAACAAUGAUGCAGAAUUUGGUGAUCAGCAUCCACUGAAUGGGUUCUCACGGGCCGCAGUCCUGUCAAACAAUGACGCUGGCCCAUCAAACCAAGGAGCACUGCCCGUUCCACAACACACGUAUCAAGGACUUGGCCAGCACAAUCCUUCUGUGCCACAGAAUGGAGCUCCUUACUCUCUGCACCAGGGAAAUAUCUUAAAUGAUCAGGGACCAUUAUCAGCACAGUCCACUAUUCCGCCCCACAAUUUUUCACCAGUUCCACAGGAUGACAUGAUCGCAGGUGCAAAUCAAACUGACCAGAGAACCCCUUCACUUGACCCUGUUCUGGCUGACAUGUCCAGUGGGUUUUCCCCAGUUCCAUUCGAGGACUACAGCAGCCUGGAUGUAACCGACUAUCUGAAUCUGACAGACUAUGGCAUUGCACCAGCUAAUGACGAACUGCCGAAUCCCAACAGCCCAUCUGAUGGUUAUGGACAUGAUGGCGGCAACCAGUGAUAGAUUAAACCUGAGACCGCUGCAACAGGCUUUCCUCUACUAGACUAAACAUGAUGGUGGCAGUCGCUGAUUACAGUAUUCAGUGUGAUUAAACAUUUCGUCUGUAAAUAUUGAUAGUGCUGUGAGUUCUAAUAGGCAAUAUUGGUCAGUAAUUGCUGAAUUUGCUAUUGGUUGUAAAUAGACAUUUGGCUUGUAUUCUUAAAAGCAAACCUUUCAGAACAAGAAAACAUGUGGCUUGUAUUGAAUACCUAGAGCGAAUAUUCAUAUCGAUUGACGAACUUCGUCCAAUCCUCUUAAUCCAU